GGGUUUUGCUCCUCUCAAACCCAUGGUGAAAGUGAAGGGUAUUGGGCGGUUAGUGUAAAAUGGGAUAGGGUUACAUGUUUUAGUUAAAAGGGUAAAAUCGUUAUUUCAAAGUCUCACUUAACAUAGAUUGACGUUAGGGGGUGCGAGCGUAAUAUGAUAUGCAGGGGUGUCUAUCUAAUAAUGGCAUUCUCUGGGGGUGGCACUGUAAAUUUUCCUUUUAAUAUUCAUACGGAAAAAAGAAACAAAAACCCUAUAAAUUCAAACUGUUCUGUAGCUGGCAACCCAUCAACCCAACCAUGGCUUCAGCCCCAACAGCAGUUUCUUCCUCAAUCCUUUUCUUUACUCUCUGUCUCUCUCUUUUUCUGUGAUGUUUCUGCAUCAGUUCUGAAGGGCAAUGGAGAUCUGAUUCAACAAACGUGUAAGAAGACAGACAACUACACACUUUGUGUAUCUCUGCUUCAAUCUGAUCCUCGCACUGCAUUGAAGUCCAACCUCAAUGGCCUUCUUAAUAUUUUCAUCGACAUUGCGAUCAAGAAGGCAGCUAGUAACAAAUUGUACGUCGACAGACUACUUAAGGCCGCGAAAGACGAAGAAUUCAAGCAAUUUCUUGAUCUAUGCAAGAACGGCUAUGUGCAUAGUAUUUCCCAUCUUCGAAAAACUUUACCUGAAUUGAAAUCUAAGACAUAUAGAGCAUUGCAGGAUGAUUUGUUUGACGCUCGAUUGGCUGGUGAACAAUGCGUAUUUUCAGGUCCCAUCUGUAAUGUGAAAUUGUAUAGCAGAAAUGAAGAUUUUGAUCACUUGUGUAACUUUGGUUUGAAGGUUGUGGAUCUCAUUUAUCCUCUCAUUGAUCCAAACCAUAAGCCUCUUUUGGUUUAAUGAUGAAGAGAUAUAUGUAAUAAAGAUUUUGGCUAAAUAAAGUUUCUGUUCUCUCCUCUGAA